GUGUUUUGCCACCCCUCCAACACAACAGCUUUAAAAGGAGCGGCAGCCUCUUGAAUGACUGCUGCUGUGCUUCCGCCGACCCCGCAGCGCCUCACCGCUCUCCAUUGACCAAAAUGGACUACUCCAAAAACGCGACGGAGAGGCCAGAGCCCUUCAAGGCGGAAGUUAUAGGGGCCAUUCCUAACUGGCUGCAAGGAACUCUGCUGCGUAACGGACCUGGGAUCUUCUCUGUGGGGGAAACCAGCUAUGAUCACUGGUUUGACGGCAUGUCCUUAUUGACCAGCUUCUCAUUCAGUGAUGGAGAAAUGACCCAUAGGAGCAGAUUCCUUAGAAGUGACACCUACAACACUAACAUGGGUGAAAACAGAAUAGUGGUGUCAGAAAUGGGGACAAUGGCAUAUCCAGACCCAAGCAAAAACUUUAUCUUUAAGGCGAUCACUUUUCUGAACCACACUGUACCAGAUUUCACUGACAAUGGUUCUAGCAAUAUCAUCAAAUAUGGAGAUGACUACUUUGCCACCUCUGAAACCAACUACAUCCGCAAGAUUGACCCCGUUACACUUGAAACUCAAGACAAGGUGGACUACACGAAGUACCUGCCCGUUAAUUUGGCUUCGUCUCAUCCGCACUACGACAAAGAAGGCAACGCCUACAACAUUGGAACAUCAAUAGCAGAGAAGGGCAAGACCAAAUACAUACUGUUCAAAGUCCCGGCUGUUUCAGCCAACGAUAAAGGCAAGCCUGUUCCUGUUCUGAAGAAGGUGGAGGCAAUUGCCACUGUUUCCUGCCGGUCUCUUUUCACGCCGAGCUACUGCCACAGCAUCGGCUUCACGGACAAUUACAUCAUCUUCGUCGAGCAGCCUUUCAAGUUGGACAUUCUCAAGAUGACCACGGCCUACAUGAGGGGAGUGAACUGGGCAAGCUGCUUAAAGUUUUGCCCCAAUGAAAAUACUCUGAUCCACCUGAUAGACAAAAGAACUGGCAAAGAAGUUGAAAUGAAGUACUACACUGGAUCAAUGGUCAUUUAUCAUCAUGUGAAUGCCUUUGAGGAUGAAGGUCACGUGGUCUUUGAUGUCAUCGCCUACAAAGAUGACAAACUUUAUGACAUGUUCUACCUGAAAAACCUGAAAAAGGAUGCUGGGUCUGACGGCAGUGUCUACUCCCAACCAAGUUUCAAAAGAUUUGCUCUUCCUAUCAAGUUGGACAAGGGCGUUGGAGUUGGAGAGAAUGUAGUUAAACUCAAAUACACAACAGCCAGCGCUGUGAAGGAAAAAGAAGGCAAAUUCACAUGCCACUCAGAGGUGCUCUGUGAAGCCUUGAACCUACCCUCAGUAAGUAAAGGUAUUAGCAUGAUGAUAGUAUUAUUUCCUUAUAAUUUAGGUUUUGAAUUACCCAGGAUCAAUUAUGAUUUCAAUGGCAAGAAGUACCGGUUUGUCUACGGGAACAUUGUGGAGGAAUUCGCACAGUCAAAACAGCUUGCAAAGUUUGACACAGAGACAAAGACAAUGAUUUUCUGGGAGGAAGAGAACUGCUGGCCGUCAGAGCCGGUUUUUGUCCCCAGACCAAAUGGAGAGUCAGAGGACGAUGGAGUGGUCCUGUCAUCUGUCAUUAACUCCAAUCCAGGCCAGUCUGGUUUUCUAGUGAUCCUUGAUGGAAGAACAUUCAAGGAAGUUGCAAGAGCGUAUGUCAAUACUGAGCUCUACAAGGAUAUGCAUGGAAUUUUCAUUCCAAAAGGGAAUUAAUCAACAUACAUGUUUCCAGUUCAUUACAGCCCACACAUGCGUUUGCCUCCCUGAAUCUCCUCUUCAGUCAGUAUAUCUUACUUUCCCUGUUACUGUCAGCUUGUGUUCUGGGUUAGACUCUAAAACUGAAUACAGUAAGUUUGCAUAAUGAUAUCCUCAUGCAAUGUUUUAUCAUUUCUGUUUUUAAAGAUAUGUUGUUUUUGCAUGCACCAAUAUUUCACAUUGAGUACAUAUAUGUAUGUAUCAUGGUUAUUGAAUAUUUGUAUAGUAUUCCAUUAAAGACCAUGUAAAAUCUAA